UUUCAAUUGCAUGCAACUUCAGUUCUUGAAACUUAAUAAAAUUCUUUCAAAAUGCCUGCAUUGCCCGUUUUUAAACUGGGUAUGCUUGCAGUGCGUCAACUCAGUAAAUAUGUGGCUCAUUUCAUAAAACAGAAAGCGAAAAAUAAUGCGACAUUUCGAAAUUAUUUUUGCAUACCACCGGCACAAUUCUACAACAGAGUGGAGACAAGAACGAAGAUGUGGACAAUGAAGAUAAGUAAACCGAAUACAAUAAAACCACUUUCAGAAGCGGCGGCCAUCGAUUUGGGAGCCAGCAUGUUGGGUGAACUUGUUUUAUUUAUAAUCUGUGGUGCUGCCGUAAUUUCAGAAGUUUCGCGACAGGUGCGUUCAGAACGUCGUAAAAAGGAGGAAAAAAUACAAGCGGCCAUAAAAAUAACAAACAAAAUCCUAAAAAUGGAAGAAACAAUUGAGCAUCAGGAGAAGUUUAUACAAGAAAUCAGCAAGGCUCUAAAGUCUUUAGGUAAACAAAUUGAGGUGCCACACGAUGAGAAAUUCAAAAGCAAACUGAUGAGACCAGUUAUAGUAACUAGGUCGAUAGACACUCAGGUUACGAUACCAACAAUGGACAAAAAAAUACAAGUAAUAUUAUAAC